AUGGCUUUGUCGACACCUAAAACCCUAAUGGAUUUUUUUCAACCUGCCAAACGUCUCAAAGCUUCCCCUUCUUCUUCCUCCUCUUUCCCCGCCGUCUCCGUCGCCGGACGAUCCCGUGAUUUGGGUUCUGUAGCAAACUCGCCGCCUCGUGUAACCGUUACCACUGCGGUCGCCGAUGAUUCGUCUGGCCUUACACCUGAACAGGUCGCUCGCGCCGAGUUCCACAAGUUUGUCGCCAAGUCCAAGAGUAACCUCGCCGUUUGCUCCGUGAAGGUCACAAAAGCAAAAGGUUUGAUCCUUAUCAUGGACCUGGUCAAGCUAUGGGUUUAUCCUUCUAUGUGCCUGAAGGAGAAAAGUCCUUCUAGUCUGUUGAACAUAUUCAAGGAGCUUCAUAAAGAUGUUGGUGAUAAGCUGCACAUGGUGUACUUCAGAAGAAACAAGAAGGAAAAUGUGUCACACGUGACGAGUUUGGCGGUUGAGGAUGUGACAGGGAUCACACGUACGAAGGGUUAA